AUGGACAGUUUCUGCGUGGGCGUAGAGGUACUUGCCGCAAUAAAUACUAGGUCGGCUCUGCGUGAACUCUCAGAUGUGCAGCUUAAGCCUUCAGUGAGAAAGCCGAUGACACAUGAGAAAGCUGUGCGCUUCUACCAGUCCGAUAAUGUCUCGAAUCUUCACAUCUUUUGUAUCAAUACGAGUGACGAACGUAGCUUAUCACCCAUGGAUCCUCCAGUGUUGUGGGUGCUCAAAGGCAUGUGUAUUGUCAUUUCACUUCUUGUGGAAUCACCACCACUCGAUGACAUUCCGCGUCUUCGAUCGCUCGUCAUAGCCUUGGUGACAUAUUUCCAGCGAUGCGUCUUCGUCAAAAUAAACGCUUUCUCACAAGCCUAG